AAGAGAAACCACCUCCAUAUCCUGCUUAUUGGUCCGUCAAAAGAAGGAUAAAAGAAAAGACGGGCUAUUUGGUAACGCUGUCCAAGCGAACAUAUAAAAUAUCAACGAAGAGUUGGAGAGAACUCAACAAAGGCAAUACCUUUGGAGCGGCCAGUUCUCUUGAAACAGUACAAAGACCGUUGGAUGAUGAUCUGAUAACAGCUGAUUACAGCUGA